AUGUUACAUUUACAGAAGCUGAAGGAUAUUCAAGAAAAGGCUGGAAACAGCAGCAGCAGCCAUGAUGGAGAAUCAGAUAUUGCCAAUGGAAAUAACAUCAAAAAUGAAUUUGAAGCAGCAGAACUGAAGCCAAACGUAUUGGGAAAACAUGUUUUUUCGGAUGAUGAAAACAACACGAGAUCUGCUGCAGAUUAUUUCAACAGGUUGGAUGAAGAAGUUGAGCUUUUGAAGAUGGUGGAAGCUGCAGAUAGUUCAUUAACAUCUCCUGAAGAUUGGGGCAGUCUUGAUUCUGAAGAUAUUCUAAACCCGCCAACAACUAGUUAUCAGUGGUGGGAUUUCUGGUCUUGA